AUGCGGCUUCUGGGCCAUUUUUGCGCUUUGCGAACGCUUCGAUGUGUUGCUUCCAGUCGUUUUCAAAGACGGCAGUUCAACAUCAAGAGCUGGAGUCAGAGGCUCGCUGCAAGCUUUCAUAAGCCACUGCCGCCUCCUGUAGCAAGGAGAGACCAGUCCGAGGAUCCAUACGGCUGGUUGAGGCAUGGCGACAUGGCUAUGAUCCGUCGCCACCUCGACCGAGAGAAUGAAUAUGCAGAGAACUUCUUGAUGAAGGGGAGGCACAUCGAGCAGGUGUUGCUAGACGAGAUGGAAUCUCGGGUUGAAUCGGAACACAGCAGCCCGCCGGAGAAGAUCGGAAGUUGGUACUACUACAUGCGGACCACAGACACCAGUGCGUUCCAGAUCUACUGCAGACGAAGUGUCAGCGAUCCUGAGGUUGAGCAGAUUGUCCUUGAUCAGGACGCGAUCUCCCGUAACGUCCCAUACCUGUCUGUGCCGAUCUGCAAGGUCUCCCCUUGUCAUCGCUACUUGGCAUACACAGCCGACAUGACGGGGAACGAGCGAUACCUGGGGUUUGUCAAGGACAUCGAGACGGGGGAGAUCCUUUUCAAGGUCGACAACGUGACGUCGAUGGAAUGGGCGAAGGACGGAGAGACGAUCCUCUACACUCAGGUGCUCCAAACCAUCAUCGACGCCCGUGAGUUUCUUGCUCUGAGGACGAUGAGAUGGCAGAGUCGGUUGUGGUACAAAGUUUGGCGGCAGAGCUUGAAAGAUCCAACGAGGAGAGAGAAGAUUUUGGAGGAACGCAACAGCGCGUUUUACAUGGAUGUUGGAAUGACUAAGGACAUGGCAUACAUCACCAUCUCGUUGAACUCCAAGACAAGCUCUGAGGUGCGCAUCCUCCCGACCUCGCAUCCCUGGAAGGAACCGAUCCUCAUCGAGCCUCGACGAGAGGGACUGGAGUACUUCGUCGAGCACAUGCACGGGGCCCUCGUUCUGGUCACCAACGAUGGAUCCGAAGAUUACAAGCUUGUGCAAGUCGAUCCUGUCCUGCCGGGCAGGGCAAACUGGACCGACUUCUACGUCCCCGAGGACGGAUGCAGAAUCCAGGACAUCGACGUCUUCGAGGAUCACAUAGCAGUCUACGAGCGCACAAUGAGAGGGCAGCGGGUGCGGAUCCUCGACAUCCUCCGACCAGCCGGGCAGCGAGCGCAAGGCCUUGUGCAAAGGACUAACUCGUGCGGCUUUCCGCACUUGGCGGCCCCUCAGCUGUCCUCCAGCUUCAAGCCCAUACAGCUGGGGGGAUCGGAGGUUGUACAGUUCCCCGUCCCCGACUGCGGCACGGCCGUCCGGCCAGGAGCCAACUGCGACUAUGCUGGCAAGACGCUCAGAGUCUCAGUGUCGAGUCCUCUCGUCCCCUGGAAGGAGUUCGACGUCUCCCUCGCCGACAGGACUCUCUCCCUCCUCCAGGAACAGGUCUGCCCCGGCCUGCCUGCUGGAUGGCAGGAGGGGUACGACUGCAAGCUCGAGCUCGCCGAGUCAUGGGACGGGGUGCAGGUGCCGAUGACGGUGAUACGAAGGAAGGGGCUGCCUGAGGACGGAAGCUCACCCACCCUCGCGUUCGUCUACGGCAGCUACGGGCAGUGCCUGGCCACGGAGUUCGACGUGGGAAGGAUCAGCCUGCUGGAAAGGGGCUGGGCCAUCGUGCUGUGCCAUGUUCGCGGGGGCGGAGAGCUGGGGUCGAGGUGGCACCGGGAGGGGAGGGGGAUGAAGAAGCUCAACGGUUUCAAAGACCUCUUCGCCUGCAUGACCUGGAUCGGUCGGAGGCUCUCGAGGCCCGGACUGAUCGCUCUGCACGGGACGAGCGCAGGGGGGCUGCUGGUGUCCGGGUACACGAACCUGUACCCGGGGACCGUGGGGGCGGUAGUGGCCAAAGUUCCGUUCGUGGACAUUGGGAGCACGAUGAGGGACGAGGACCUGUCGCUGACGGUGCACGAGUACGAUGAGUGGGGAGACAUGAGGAGGACGGAGGUGGCGGACUACGUGGACAGCUACUGCCCGUACCGCAACGUGAGCGGCGUCAGGUACCCUCCCAUCUACCUCACGGCCGCGCUCAACGACACGAGGGUGGGGUACUGGGAGCCGGCCAAGUGGGCGGCGAAGGUGAGGCAUGAAGGAGGGGAGGGGAGCGGGCCGGUGCUGCUGCAGACGGCGUUCGAGGGAGGACACUUCGGGACAGGGGGGAAGACUGGGUACCUGCAAGACCAGGCGAGGGAAGCCGCGUUCCUGUACCUUGCGCUGGGGUUGAAGUUUGAUUGA